AUGCGUUCGAGGUUUGUUGUGAUAAUGGGUAAAAAAAAGAAAGUCAAAGAUUUCCCAAAAGUAAAACUGAAAGUUGGGAAGAAACUGAAGAAGACCACGCAAACUGAUACCACCAUUAAAGCUGCCAAGGUGGUAUUAGUCGAGCAGUUAUCAGAUUCAGGAACGGUUGUUUCAUAUCGAGGGCACUCUUUAAAAGAUCUUUGCGUACAGCUAGGCCAUUAUAAUAUCAACUUCCGUAGGGAUGCCAUUAUUGGACUUAAGCAGCUGAUAACUUCCAAUCCGAAACUCUUGUCUUCAAAUUUGCAUACCAUAAUUCCAUCAGUUGCCCGUUUGAUUUGCGAUAGUAAGGCUGAUGGCUCUUUUCACGCGCAACUGAAAUCUCUUUUUCAAUCAUUAUUUCAAGUGUCAUCACUAACAAUGUCAUCUCAUUUCGACCUGCUCCUCGCACAUGUCCAGUUGGCCUUAACACAUAUAAAAAUCUCGGUGAAAAUCUUUGCAAUUUCAAUAGUAACCUUGUUGAUGCAUACAUAUCCUGAUCUCUGCCGUAACCGAUCUGAUUUAUUCGAUGCCAUAGUAGAUGUUUUACGGAGCCAAAAGAAGCCAUCAAACAAGCAGUUAUUUAACCUUCAUUUUCCUGUGCUCGGUCCUAGUGCGUUGCGUGAUAGUUCGCCCCUUAACAGCUCAAAAGGUUUGCUGCGAAUUUCUGCUGCUGCUUUUCCGAUUAUGGAGGCUGCUUUAGUGGACGAAAAGAACUCAUUUGAUGAAGUUUGUGCAAACAUUAUAACAGGCCUAGUGAAGGCAAUAAAGAGUGCAGAGGAUGUGUUAUGUGACCAGAAUUUCCUAACAGAUUUAGGGACCACAUCUAGUGGAUUUUUUUCCCUGGCGAGUAAAAGACGAUGUAGCAAGACAUUGCAUUUAGCCAUCUCAAACAUUAAAGGUUUGCUUCCAGAUCAAGAUAAGCCUCUCAAUAAAAAGCGGAAACAAUGA